AUGCCACUUUUAUCACCUCAAUUGAGUCUUCCUGAACACAAUGAUCAUAACGACAAUGACGACAAUAACAUAUAUCAUAAUGACAAAACUCAACGACUGCUGGUAUCACGACUUGAUAAACGACUUUUAUUAUUUGCCAUGUUUUCCAAUAUGGUCAAAACAAUGGACAAUGUGAAUCUAGCUACGGCUUUUGUUAGUGGGAUGGAAACAGACCUCCAUAUUGUGGGGACACAAUAUAAUGUGAUGUUUAUAUGCUUUAUGGUUGGUUAUUUGAUGAUGCAAAUCCCUUCUAAUAUCUUAUUGACACAUUAUCGACCUUCUCGUUAUCUUCCCAUCUUGGAACUUAUAUGGUGUAUUUUAACUUUGGCCAUGGCAGCCGUUCAAUCCGUCUAUGUAGUCUUUGUCUUUCGUUUCUUAUUGGGUUUAGCCGAAGCUGGAUGUUUUCCUGGUAUCAUCUUUUUAUUGGGUAAUUGGUAUACCAAAAAGGAACUGGGAAAACGCACUAGUCUUAUUGCUAUGUUUGGAACCCUUGGUGGAGCUCUUAGUGGUGUUAUCCAAGCCAUCUUUCUGAAAACUAUAGAUGGUCUCUUUGGUAUCAGUGGAUGGAGAUGGUUAUUUAUCUUUGAUGGGAUCUUGACAGGCUUGGUGGCCAUUUCUGGAUAUUUGUAUCUUCCUGAUGAUAUUCAUAACACAACAUGGUUGAACGAAAAGGAACGCGAACUAGCAACAAUACGACUUGCAGUGGAAGGACGACAAGGGUCGAAAACUUCACCUUGGAAAACUCAAAAGAUAGUCAAGCUGCUUUUGACAAACAAGUACAUUGCACCAUUGGUGAUCAGUUGGACUUUAUUGAAUUUGGCUUUGGGUGCAAGUCAUGUAUUAGGAAUUGUAGCAAAACGAAUAGGAUAUGAUGCUGUUGCUGCCAAUCUUUUCACAACGCCUGAUAUGCUAAUCACCAUGGUCAUGGUAUUAGGUAAUGGUCUUAUUAGUGAUUACUACCGAACUCGUUUAUGGUGUAUUGCUCUUCCGUCCUCUAUCGGUUUGAUAGGAUGUAUUCUACUUGCUGCCUUUAUUCAACCCUUUGGAUUUCUAUAUGUUGGUUUUAUCAUGACACACGCUGGUUUGGCAUCUUCUCAACCUAUUGUUAUGACAUGGGCAAAUGAACUCUUGACUGAUCGUGAUGUUAGAGCCAUUGCUAUUGCCGUGAUGAACACAUGUUCAUCAUUGAUGUAUACUUGGAGUCCUAUUGUUCUUUGGCCCGUUACAGAUGCUCCCUAUUACAAACGCGGGUUUACAAGUAGUGUCUGUUUUAUCGUUGUGUUCCUUUGUAUUAUUGGACUGAUAGCAUGGAUACAACAUCGAAAUGAACAUCAUGAUGAUAAUGAUGAUGAAAUACAACUCCUUGUCAAAAACGAAUCAAUUGGCAUUGAUGACGACUUAGAACGAUAG